GUUAUAAAAAUGUAUUUGUUAACCAGAAAGCUAGUCACAAAUGGCUCUGUGUUAUCCAAACAGAAAAGUGAGUUCUUCUAGUGCCAGGCCCCCCCUGGAACAGUUAUUAAAACAAAUUCUGCAGAAUACACAGGGACAUUUGCUUGUUUAGGAAAUUUAGUUUUCUGGGGUUUCCAUUGCCACAAGGAUCCCCCCACCCCUCAAGCUUUCUCCUGACAUGUGGGGCUGUACUGAAUGGCACUACAGGGCAGUGUGUAGCCUGAAAAUACAAAUAAAGCCUCUUUUCCCCACUAGACAAACAGACAGUGGCAGCCCACACUCGCCUGUUUUCCUUUCCCAAAGAGAAUUCUAACAGCACCGUAUGAAUCCUGCAAUGGGAAAAACCAGUGGGAGGGCUAUAGCCAGGCUGGGUAAGGUACAGGCAGCUGUCUAGUUGUUCCAGUAGCCGCAGAGAGCUCGGAGUAGCAGCAGUGGGACAGCAGCAGUCGCAACGGCGCUUCCUUGUGAAAUCAACAUGCGUAAAGCUCAGGUCCCAUCCUGAAGAGCAGCGGCAGGAAUGGUGUGUGUGACUCUGCACUUGGCUCCUACGAGUAACACAUCUGCCUGAGCUCAGCACGGAAUAGAAGCAAUAGAAGAAAGGCAACUUUUCCUUGGGUUCUGCUUCUGAUUUCUCGGGUUACCUGCCGCUAUGACCCCUGCCUUACAGUUCAGCCUCCUCCUCUUGCUCUGCGCUACUGCAUUGUCGGAGUCGCAGGCAGCACAGGACUGUCUCAGCAAGCAGCAGCUCCUGAAUGCCAUACGCCAGAUGCAGCAGUUCUUAAAGGGCCAAGAGACUCGUUUUGCAGAAGGAAUUCGCAUCAUGAAAAGCAGACUGACUAACUUACAAAACACCGUAAGCAAAGCAAGCCCAGACCUUCCACCAGUGGUCUGCCCAGCACUGGAAGCUCCUGAAAAUGGCAAAAAGUUUGGUUCCAAAUACCUAGCAGACCAUGAAGUCCAUUAUACCUGUGACAUUGGUUACCAGCUUAUCGGCCCCAGCAGCAGACUGUGUCAGCAAAAUGGAAGCUGGACUGGAGAAACCCCUUACUGCAAAGGUACCAGUUUAUGCAGCAGUAACCCCUGUCUAAAUGGAGGAACCUGUGUAGAGGGAACUAACCAAUACAAAUGUAAUUGCCCACAAGAGUGGUCUGGAUCCAACUGCCAGCACCAAACACAGACAGAUCCUCCUCAGGAAUGGACUGUCACUAGUGAUUCAGCCUUUAACCGUAAGCCUCGCUGUGCCAGAAUUGAUCGUACUCAGCACUGUAGCUGUGAGGCUGGAUUCCAAAUGAGCGGUACGCCCGACAAUGGCAUUUGUCAAGAUGUUAACGAGUGUGAAGUUUUUAGGGUGGAGGGAGCACCUCACAUUUGUAUGCAUACCUGCAUCAACACCCCUGGAUCUUUUCGCUGUGUUUGCCCUACUGGAUUUAAAACACUUACAGAUGGAAAAAGUUGUGAAGAUAUAGAUGAAUGCAGUUCUGGACAGCACAACUGCUCAAGGGGUUCAAUGUGCAUCAAUACUGGAGGGGGCUUUCAGUGCGUCUCACCUGAAUGUCCAAAAUCUAAUGGAAACAUCAGCUAUGUGAAAACAUCCCCUAUCCAAUGUGAACGAAAUCCAUGCCCAAUGGACAGCAGGUCAUGUCACCAUGCUCCAAAGACCAUCUCCUUCCACUAUCUCUCUCUCCCUUCAAAUAUUCCAACUCCAGUUACCCUGUUUCGGAUGGCUACUGCAUCUGCUCCUGGGCGGCCAGGCCCCGACAGCUUACGAUUUGGAAUUGUUGGCGGCAACAGCAGGGGGAAUUUUGUUAUGCAAAGAUCAGACAGACAAACUGGAGAACUCAUUCUCGUCCAGAGCCUAAAGGGUCCGCAGGUGAUUGAAGUGGAUGUAGAUAUGUCAGAAUACUUGGACCGUAUGUUCCAGGCCAAGCAUGUCUCAAAGAUUACAGUUUUUGUAUCACCUUAUGACUUUUAAAGAAAAAUGAACUUCAAGAAAACUUUCUUCUUCUUACCACCAAAGAACAGAAUAUGCAGAAUACACAUUGCCUUGUAUGGGCAAAUUUACAUGAAAGGAAACAAAAUAAUGGGAAUAUAAAGUAUUUAGUGAAACACUGAAAACUGUGGCGAAAUGCGUGAUUAGUCAGUGCAAUCUAUGGUUACAAGCCUCACUAUUAAAAUGUUCCAAAUUAAUUUUGUAGUAGACGCAGUAAGUCAAUAAAUAGGUUGCGGUAUAUGCUUUCAACUAGUAUCCAGGACAAUAAUAUUGAGUUAUAGUAUUCUUAUCAACAUCUCUGGAGCUCCCUGCACUAUUGGUAUUAUUUUGAGCUUUCCGGCCUCCUAAUGCAAUGAUAUUUUCCUACACUACGAAUGUUAUGCUUAGACUAUUAAGUAUAUAUAUACAGUAAGGAUACCAUGUCUGUAAAAACAGAAAAUACUUUUCAGUACAACUUGCCCGUCUGUAUUUCACACAUGCUAAUGUUUAGGUGAAAAUGUAUGAAAUGCCUGGACAUGAAAAAUACACAAAUGUACAGUGAAGAGGGUGGUCUGUGGAUUUGUGCCAUAUAUAUAUAUAUAACAUUUUUAUAUUUUUAUAUGAAUGUGAGCUAAAACUUCAUCUGAUGUUUUCUUCAUCUACUUUUAGGACUUGUUUGAAAAUCAGAUGAUGUUUUAGAUCACAUUCAUAUACAAAUAUAGAAUAUUUUAAAGGGAUACUAAACUUUUGGGAAUCACUGUAUACUAGUGUUUAAAGCUUUGGAAUCACCCAGAAUUUUUUUUUAAAUAAAAAUGAUACAUUCAUUCACAGAGGAACCAUCAAAAUGAUCACAAUACAUUUGUCAUAAAAUUAUUUUUACUUUAUAUAACUGUCCGUAUAAACUUAAAUGCAUUUUUCAAAGAAUCAUCUGCAGUAGAACCCUUAUUUUACCAGAAAAAAAAAUAAAAAAAAGGGAAAAUCAGGGAAAUGUAUUUUGCAUUAUAUUUUAGUGGGACUACAGAAAAUGGUGUAAAAUGAGGGAAAACUUAAAACAAGGGGAUGUAAAAUUGAGGUUUCGCUGUAUUUGCAGCUACUCCAUCAUUGCAGAGCUUUGGCAUUCAAGCUGUCAGUUUUUGAAGAUAUUCAGGGCAAAAUUUCAACCCACACGUUCUUUACCCAUUGGUGCACUGCCUUGUAGGAUAUUCUCCUUGGUAAAGCCAUGCCCACAAGAGAUCAAAAAGGGUUGAGGUCUGGCAGUUGUGCUCAGUUCUCAGGCUCCCUAUUUCUUUAUCAAAUAGAGUUUAGCUUAAAAGUAGCUUUCGGAUUGUUGCCUUGCUGCAUGAAAUUUGCACCAACCUAGUGCUGAUUACAGGGAAUGCAUGACAUAUAAAACAAAUUCUGAGUGAUUCCAAACCAACUUUUAAACAUUAGUAUAUAUAUAUAUAUAUAUACUCCCUAUACAAAUGUUUCCUAGCAGCCAUAUUAGAUUAGUGGCACAUUCUGGUAGACAUUUGAAAAGGAGUAUGGGGAUGGGCCAGACCAUAGGGUUGGCUGUAUGUUAGUCCUCUUCCCCAGCUGCUUCUGCAUAUGGAACCCCUGAUUAGCUGUCAGAUGAACACCCCAGUUCUCUGAUUGUUUUAUAUGGCUCCUCCCCGCCAACAAAGUGUGCCAUUGCAUUCUUCACUGUUUACUGAGCAUAUCUGAAAGGGCUGAAGUGUCAUGGCAGGAACUGAUGCAGCAAAAAUAACUGUGUUGUAAUAAGCAUGGUUUCUGGAUCUCCUAAACAAUGGCUGGUACUGGCAUUUAUUCGCCAUAUUGAGAAAUCAUUGAUAAUCUGUGCAAACAUGUAUAGUGCAACCUCUUGAAAAGAGAGUAAACAUUUAAAUACAAGGGCCUCAUGCAGCCAUUGCCGCAGAGCAAAAAUGCAUCCCCUAGAGCCCAUGCACUUACUGGCUGCACGUGGGCCAAUAGCUCCUGCAGCCUGCACUCUGCACCUUUUGCUGUGUUCAAAUUUUGCCAUAGGCAGGUGUUAACUACAGUGCUCCAUAGCAUUUUGCACCUAUUGGUGCUUUUGGGUUUGCAUGUCUGAAUGAUAUGCAAGUUAGUAGGGGUCUAAUAGGAUGCACAAAUACCACCCCCCAUAAAUACAGCAUGGCUGCCAUGGGUAAAGGGAUCCCCUUUGAUGACCCCUAGCUUAUAUAUCAUUCAGAAACACAAGCCAGAUUGCUCUAGUGGGUGUAAAGUACUAUGAAGCCCUUUACUUGCAGAAUAAGGUAGGACUUUUAACUCAGCAAAAGCAACCAAGAGAAAGCAGGAAGCAGACUACAUUAAUGUUGAUUUUUUUUUUUUGUAUAAAUGCAUACUGUGUAGUUUCAUAAAUUGAGCAUUAGGUUGGAUAUAUAUAUACAGCUUAUGUUAUUGAGGUACCUUGUGCUAAAUACUACAUUUCCUGACAGCUUUUUUUUAUGUAUGCAAAUAUCACUCAGCAGAUUUUAUAUCCAGCUUUUCAGGCAGUCCUUCUGAAAAGGCAUGCUGUGAUAGGAAAGAAUCCAGGAAUUCAGAAUAUGCGCAUGAAGUGCUUAACAGAUACAAAAACUGAUUUUCAGGUUUCAUUCCUGAUAAAGAGCACCUUAAGAUUAUAAAAAAAACUCUUGUUGGCAUAUUUUUAUAUAUUUAUUUGAAGCUUAAAUUCCUUUGCUUCAACAUCUGAAACCAUUUAAUGUCAUUUAUAUAAUACGAGUGUAUCAUGCCAUCAUCUAACAGGCGGGAUAACAGGAGUCAGAUGGAGGAAGGACUCAACUAUUGAUUUUAUGGUGAUUAUUUUGUCUAUAUUGUGUUUACUAUGAUUUUUGGUACAGCAUUUUGGACAGUUUUCUAAUUAAAAUGGUGGGUGUUACAUAUUCCAAAAUAAUUUGCCUAAAGAUCUAGAUCUCUCUCCUCUAAGAGGCGAAAAUGAGCACUUAAAAAACAUUCCAAGAGCGUGUGAUCUAGCAGCAAGGGUUUAUAUCUUCCAAAAGCAAGUGGUUUGCACAGGUAGAAAUAGGUGCUUGGCCAGAAUCCAGUACUCCCUUUGGGCUACGUUAUGUUAUUAUACAUAUAAAUCACACAAGGCAACUUAUCCCAGGGGGCACACAAGUUUUAGGACAAUCACUUACUUAUGCCUAUACCAAGCACCUCUGUUUGAGCAGCGGAGAAUAGCAAGUCUUCCCGUGAGUGCAACUGCAGAAGUAACAGGCUGGUAUGGGGUUUGCAUGUGAAUAAACAUGGGCCACCCAUGUGCCACUGUCACCAUCGGGUCUUUGCUUUCAUUCUAAUGAUUGGUUUGAUUGCUGAUUGGUUGCUAUUAAAAUGGCACUUGUGCAAUUUAGUAAAUGAUCCCUACUGAAUAUUAACACCUCAGUUUGUUUUUUGUACCCCAUUAUUUACCUUAUAAGGAUUUCUUUUACCAUUACUGUUUAUACUGCCAAAACAAUUAGCAGAAAUUAUAUGAAUUUCAUAUGUUUGUAAUAUACUGUAUGUAAGAGGGUACAUAGCAAAUGAACAAACUAGUAUUAUAGUUUACCAUCAUUGUGUGAGUUAAACAAAAGCACUUACCAUAAGAAAAGAAAGCAGUCACCUUACAUUUGGAAACAAACAACCUGUUAAUAAAUUGAAGCGUUCUACUGUUGGCCAGUGCUGGGCCUUAAGUAAAGGGGGCAGACUGAAGCACCCAGAAUGGUUAUGUGACCCUCAGCAGGGAAGGGUAUGGCUAUAGUCAGCCAUUCCAUGUGCAGUGAUGUGCAAGUGAUAGGGACUGGACGACCAUUUAUGCAUUAUCAUUUAUGAAUUUAUAUGCUACAUCAGCAUUCCAUUGUUAUAAUGUCCCAAGUAUCCAACUAUAAUUUAAAGGACAUCGAUAUUACUUACAUGACAUUAUAAUAAUUCAUAAAAGUCUCCUUAUUUCCAACAGUACUACUCUCAGUCGAAACUCAUUAAGCUUUCAGAAGCCCUGUAGGAAUUCUGUGACCUGUAUUGAGGCACCAAACAUAGUUGUUUGUUUAUAUUAUAUAAAUUUACAGAAUGAUACAUGAUUACAUGCAUUGUAUUGAAUGGUUGGAACGUUUAUCAAUGAAAUUCCUGAUAUACCAGAUACGUAUAUAUAUAUAUAUAACAUAUUUGAGGACAAUGCAUACAAUACUUUUAAGCAGAACUUGGAAUAGCAAAGUCACUUUUAUUGUCAUUUUUAUAUGAGAUAAUGCCUUAAGAAUAAAAAAGUUUACUUUUGCCUGAAAACAA